GCCCAGGAGCCCUGCCCACCCUCUGAGCCCAGGUCAGGUCCAGGGGCAGCCCAGGGGGAGGCGGUGAUGUCACAGCUGCAGUGCCCUUGGCAGAGUUCCGAUUUCCAGGCCGUUCUGUGCGGGUGACGGUGCCCAGGUUAUGACGACUAAUCCCAAACCGAACAAGGCAUUAAAGGUCAAGAAGGAGGCGGGCGAGAACGCCCCGGUGCUCAGCGACGAUGAGCUGGUGUCCAUGUCGGUGCGGGAGCUGAACCAGCACCUGCGGGGCCUGUCCAAGGAGGAGAUCGUGCAGCUGAAGCAGCGCCGGCGCACGCUCAAGAACCGCGGCUACGCCGCCAGCUGCCGCGUGAAGCGGGUGACGCAGAAGGAGGAGCUGGAGAAGCAGAAGGCGGAGCUGCAGCAGGAGGUGGAGAAGCUGGCCUCGGAGAACGCCAGCAUGAAGCUGGAGCUCGACGCGCUGCGCUCCAAG